ACUUUUCCCAUAAAAUAUGCUAGCACUGCCCUCUCUCCUCUCUCUCUGAGUUCCAGCUUAAUCAUUAGUUUUUCUUUGUUAACCCACUCCCAUUAUCGCAUUUCCCUUUCCACUCACGCAAGCAUUCCACAUUGUCAUCAUCGCGCACACACAGAGUAAGAGAGAGAGAGAGAGAGAGAGAGAUGGUGUGUGUGUGUUCAUAAACUCUGCUUACAGUGACAGUAGAAAAAUCUCAGAGAGAAGUCAUCUUGAUCUAGAUAUGAAAAUGGGUGCGUUGGCUUGGGUUUUACCUGCGAUUUUGGAAGCAACCCUUUACAUUUCUUGCUCUAUUGCACUUAGUCAAGAUGGCAUUGCGUUGCUGGAAAUCAGAAGCGCUUUUAAUGACGGUAAAAACAUUCUCAGUAACUGGAAUGCUGCUGAUGAGUCUCCCUGCAAAUGGACUGGUAUUUCUUGUCAUGAAGACAACCAACAAGUUCGCUCUAUAAACCUACCUUACAUGAAACUUGGAGGGAGUAUUUCUCCAAGCAUUGGUAAACUCCAAAGAUUGCAAAGACUGGCACUUCACCAGAACAGUUUGCGUGGAUUUAUUCCUGAUGAAAUUGGUAAUUGUACCGAGCUCAGAGCCCUGUAUUUGAAAGCAAACUAUCUCCAAGGAGGCAUACCAUCAGAGCUUGGAAAUCUUUUGAAUCUCACCAUAUUGGAUUUGUCAAGCAAUUCAUUGAAAGGUGCUAUACCCUCCUCUCUUGGUCGCCUCACACGACUACGCUUUCUGAAUUUGUCCACCAACUUUUUUUCUGGUGAAAUCCCGAAUGUUGGGGCUCUAGGCACUUUUGGAAACAAGUCGUUUAUUGGAAAUUUAGAUCUUUGUGGCCUACCAGUGCACAAGCUUUGUCAGACAUCACAGGGGUUCCCUGCAGUUCUGCCCCAUGCAGAAAGUGAUGAAGCUGCAGUCCCGACCAAACGUUCAUCUCAUUACAUCAAAGGGGUGAUAAUUGGUGGAAUGUCCACAUUCAGUCUGCUACUUGUGAUUGUGCUUAUGUUCCUCUGGAUUCGUUUGCUAUCAAAGAAGGAAAGAGCUGCCAGGAAAUACACGGAAGUGAAAAAGCAAGUUCAUCAAGAAGCAGGUUCCAAGCUUGUCACUUUCCAUGGCGAUCUUCCUUAUUCGACAUGUGAGAUAAUAGAAAAGCUGGAAUCUCUUGAAGAAGAGGAUGUUGUUGGGUCAGGAGGAUUUGGUACUGUAUAUCGAAUGGUAAUGAAUGAUUGUGGUACAUUUGCUGUUAAAAGAAUAGAUCGAAAUCGCGAAGGAUCUGAUAAAGUAUUUGAGAGGGAAUUAGAGAUAUUGGGUAGCAUCAAGCACAUUAAUCUAGUCAACCUACGCGGUUACUGCAGGCUUCCCACAUCAAAGCUUCUUAUUUAUGAUUAUAUGGCAACGGGCAGCUUAGAUGACCUCUUACAUGGAAAUGUGCAAGAAGAAAUACCCUUGAAUUGGAAUGCUCGGUUACAAAUUGCCCUAGGUUCAGCACGGGGUUUGGCAUACUUGCAUCACGACUGCUCUCCAAGGAUAAUUCACCGCGAUAUAAAAUCUAGCAACAUUCUCUUAGAUGAAAAUUUAGAGCCUCGUGUUUCAGAUUUUGGCCUUGCGAAGCUGUUGAUAGACGAGGAUGCUCAUGUCACUACUGUGGUUGCUGGCACUUUCGGUUAUUUGGCACCAGAGUACCUGCAAAGUGGAAUAGCUACGGAGAAAUCAGAUGUGUACAGCUUUGGAGUUCUCUUGUUAGAGCUUGUAACUGGAAAAAGACCCACUGAUCCACAUUUUGUUAAGAAGGGCUUAAAUGUUGUUGGUUGGAUGAACACUGUGUUGAGAGAAAAACAACUGGAAGAGGUUGUGGAUAAGAGGUGCACUGACGCUGACGUAGAAGCAGUAGAAGCAGUCCUUGACAUGGCCGCCCGGUGCACCGAUGCCAACUCCGAUGAACGGCCAUCAAUGAACCAGGUUCUGCAGUGCUUAGAGCAAGAGGUCAUGUCGCCUUGCCUAACUGAUUUCUACGAGUCACAUUCAGAUUAUUCUUGAAGCCUGGGUUGAAGCAUAGAGAUGAAGGAUUUUUGCAUGUGUUUGCAGCCUGCAUGCUCUAGUUUUGCGGAAAUUAUAUCGUGUGCCCCUUUCUCAGUGGCCCGUAUAUUAUUUGCAGCAAAUGAAUGAAUGUAACACAAGUGUCAACUAUGAUGAACUAGGUGCAUGUGGACUCUUAAAUUUUUUAUUUUUUUAUUUUAAAUUAGAACUGCAAAUCUUCUUAUCUAUUUUCCAUUGUCGUUUUUUUGGAAAAUGUUCUGUCUUUUAUUUUAGUUUUUCAGCAAAUUACAGAAAACUGAGUUAUUUUUUAUUUGAUUAUCAGCUUUGGCCAAAAUGUAA